AACUGAAUAUCUCUUAGUUGCUGGUUGCACAGCCAGUUCAUAGCCAAAGAACCCCUCGUCCCCUCUCACACCGAUCCAAGCUUUAAGCCUGAUCUUUUUCCUGGAAAACUCAGACAUUGCUCCAGAGGACCUUAUUCCUCAAGUCUAAAGGCAGCUACUAAUAAUUUAACUAAAGGAGAGGUGUGACCCUCAGGAGCAGAAGGACUUAACCGAGUCGUCAACAUAUCUAUACUGUACUCAUCACUGCUAAGGCCUGCUCCACAGCAGCUCUGCAGAUGCAGGCCACAAAUAUGACUCAAAGCAAUGGAGAGAACCCACAGAGAAGCCGCGGUGGUCUUCACCAUAUCCGGGCUGGAAUCCAGUCCAGAUCAUUGCUCGCCAAGAAGAGAGUGGAGAACAUUAAGACAGACCAACUGAAGGCGUUCUUCAUGAGAAAUGCUUUUGUCAUUCUAACUAUCGCUGCUGUUAUAAUAGGUAUAAUCCUGGGAUUUUCAAUGCGCCCAUACAAACUGUCUUACCGUGAAGUAAAGUACUUCUCUUUUCCCGGAGAGCUGCUGAUGAGAAUGCUCCAGAUGCUGGUGCUGCCAUUGCUGGUCUCAAGUCUUAUCACAGGCAUUGCUUCGCUGGACAGACGGGCCUCUGGUAGGAUGGGUAUGAGGGCAGUGAUCUACUACACCACCACAACUGUGAUUGCUGUGUUCAUCGGUAUAGUCAUGGUUCUCAUUAUUCACCCUGGAAAGGGAUCCAAGGAUGAGUUCACCAAGCAGCAGCAGAUAGAGCAGGUCAGCCCUGCUGAUGCCUUUCUGGAUCUUAUCAGAAAUAUGUUUCCUCCAAACCUUGUGGAAGCUUGCACCAAACAGUUCAAGACGCACUAUGCCAAGAGAGUAAUCCAUGUGACUGUUACGGUGAACGAUACUAUAUUCCUCCAAAAUGGCAGCCAAGAAAUAGAGCAAGAGGAGAUGAUUCCAGUUUCAGGAUCAGUCAAUGGAAUAAAUGCACUGGGACUUGUGAUGUUCUCCUUGUGCUUCGGUCUGAUCAUCGGGAACAUGAGGGAACAGGGAAAACCCCUGAAAGACUUCUUUGACUGCCUCAAUGAGGCCAUCAUGAGGCUGGUGGCCAUAAUAAUGUGGUAUGCCCCUGUUGGCAUUCUGUUCCUGAUUGCUGGUAAAAUUAUGGAGAUGGAUGAUAUUUCAGCCAUGGGUGGCCAGCUGGGAAUGUAUACAGUAACAGUUAUAUGUGGCCUGCUCAUCCACGCCAUUGUUGUCCUCCCAACACUCUACUUCAUUAUCACCAGAAAGAACCCCUUGGUUUUCAUUGCUGGGCUUCUACAAGCACUUGUAACCGCACUUGGAACAUCAUCUAGUUCUGCCACAUUACCAAUCACUUUUAAAUGUCUGGAGGAAAAUAACAAGGUGGACAAGCGUGUGACUCGUUUCGUUCUUCCAGUUGGAGCCACUAUAAACAUGGAUGGGACGGCUUUGUAUGAAGCCCUGGCAGCCAUUUUUAUUGCACAGGUCAAUGCCUAUGAUCUUAACUUCGGACAGAUUCUAACCAUCAGCAUCACAGCCACGGCGGCCAGCAUUGGAGCAGCUGGAAUACCUCAGGCAGGCCUGGUAACCAUGAUCAUAGUGUUAACUUCUGUAGGCCUUCCAACAGAUGACAUCUCACUGAUCAUUGCUGUUGAUUGGUUCCUCGAUCGAUUGCGCACCACCACUAAUGUCCUUGGUGACUCCAUCGGAGCCGGCAUAGUCGAACAUUUGUCUCGUCAUGAGUUAAGAAAGAACGACCUAGAGUUGGGCAACAAGAUGGAGGAGCAGCAAGAAAAAAAGCCAUACCAUCUUGUUUCUCAGGAGAACGAAUAUGAAAAUGAGAGGCCCAAUCCAGAUGAGACCAAGAUGUAG